UAGCCUUGGGAUGUUACUGCUUAAAAAUGAGCUGGGGGUAAAACCAUGGAAUAUUCUUUGUGACAAGUAUCCCACAAAUUCCACUGACCUCCCUUGUUUUCUUUGCCUUGAGCAGGGUUUCCAGUUUCCAAACCUGAUAUGAUAUUCCAGCUGGAACGAGGGGAAGAGCCGUGGGUCCCAAACAUCCAGGGCUCUGAGAAAGAAGUGCUCCCAAGAGCUGCCUUCACAGGUGAGGAAUUGGUUAAACCAACUCAAAAACUGUCUGUGAAUACAGGAAACAUUUGGGAUGCCCUACAAUGACCUUGUGAGCACUCCAAGUUCAGGAUUGUUCCCAGCAGGUGUGGAAUCAUUAUGGCAGAUGUCACUCAUAGCUUCCUACCUAUCCUGACAGACAACUGGCAGCAGGUCCCUCCCCGAUCUUGCUUUCCCCUAAGUGUUCUGGUGAGAUGUGGACCAAAACUGAUCUCUUCCUCUCUCCUCUGGGGAAGAGUUUGGGGGAAAAUCAGCUCCUGAUAGGUUUGAUCUCCAACACAUAUUUUGAUUUGUUCAUACCCUUUUCCAUUCCUCUCUCUGAGAUUUCCUUUCUCUCCGGUGCAGGGAAUGACCUAUGUCUGGAUUCUCCCUGUCUCCCAUCAGGUGAUGGGAUGAUGAGUGAGAAUGAGGAGGGGAAACCCCAGCAGGAAGAUGCUGAGCAAGUAGAACCACAUGGAACGUUAUCAGGAAGAUCCAAAGGGAAUGUUUCUGGGAGUUGUGCACUCCCAGAAAAAGCAAAAGCCUGGGAGAGUCAGCACAGGCCAGAGGAAAAUUUCAGUAGCCACUCAGACCUUACUGGAAAUGAGAGAAUCAACUUGGAAGAGACACGCUAUGGAUGCCAUGAGUGUGGGAAAAGCUUCAAUCACCGCUCUGCCUUUAUAACACACUAUAGAAUCCACUCUGGAGAAAGACCCUACACAUGCUCUGAGUGUGCCAAAAGCUUCAGUCAUAGCUCAACCCUUAUUAGACAUCAGAGAAUUCACACUGGAGAGACACCUUACACAUGCUCUGAGUGUGGGAAAAGCUUCAAUCACAGAUCAGCCCUUAUGACACAUCAGAGAAUUCACACAGGAGAGAAACCCUACACAUGCCCUGGGUGUGAGAAAAGCUUCAGGCAUAGCUCAGCCCUCAUCACACAUCAGAGAAUCCACACUGGAGAGAGACCCUACACAUGCCUUGAGUGUGGCAAAAGCUUCAGUGAUAGCUCAGGCCUUAUCACACAUCAGAGAAUCCACACUGGUGUGACACCCUACACAUGCCCUGAGUGUGGGAAAAGCUUCAGUCGGAGCUCAGCCGUUAUCACGCAUCAGAGAAUCCACACUGGCGAGACACCUUACACAUGCACAGAGUGUGGGAAAAGCUUCAGUCAGAACUCAACCCUUCUUAGACAUCAGAAAAUCCACACUGGAGAGACACCCUACACGUGCCCUGAAUGUGGGAAAAGAUUCAGUCGGAGCUCAUACCUUAUCACACAUCAGAGAAUUCACACUGGAGAGACGCCCUACACAUGUUCUGAGUGUGAGAAAAGCUUCAGUCAGAGGUCAAACCUUAUUAGACAUCAAAAAAUCCACAUGGGAGAGACACCCUACGCAUGCCCUGAGUGUGGGAAAAGCUUCAAUCAGAGGUCAAACCUGAUUAGACAUCAGAGAAUUCACAUGGGAGAGAACUGUAACAAAUGUCUUGAUUAGGGCUGUGGAAAGAUUUAAAAAAAAUAAUCACGUUUGCUAAUUCUCACAUAGUUAUCUGUGCACCAUCUUCACUGUAGUCUCUCAGGUCCACCAGAUGAGUUGCCUGCUUCUGCCUUUGCAUCUCACCUUCUUUGGGGUCAGUCCUCUGAUCUUUUCUAUCAACUGCUUUCCUUUUGAGUCAUAGGAGUGUGUGUCCCUCAGCCAGAAAUGUUCAUCGGCUCCAGGUGGGAGAGAGAGGUUAGAUCCCAACAAGCUACACUGAGGCAAAAACUACCUGUGCCUUACAUCUACUAGGACUGUACAUGGCGUUGGCUGCUCAAGUUAGUGAUCUUGGUGUAAAAAGACAAUUAUAUUUGUAGAGCAGAUGCAGUGGUUGGCAUUAGCUCUCCCCUUGACCUGACCAUAAAUUUUUCCUACUCUAAGCGCACCUUGAGCAUCACAGUUCUACUCUUACCCCAUUUCAAAGCAAUUGUCUAUUUCCCCCUUAGGGGAAAAAUUGUCUCAGUCCCAGUUUGCUCUCAUGUUGCUUCAGGUUGUGCUGGAUAACAGAAAAUUUUUCUACCAUUUUCCUCACCUAAAAUAUAUUGAACUAUAACAAAGAUCAGGAACAGGGGUAGGGAAAAAUCUCACCCUCUGUAACAUCAGAAGAAGAUAGGAUGAAUUAGAGGGAUUCACUCCUUCCCCGUGACUAUCACAAUCCCCCUUCACCCCAGCAGUUUUCACUUCUGUGUCAGCCAUAAUAGAGUUUAUCCUCCCCAUAUGCAAUCUCUCCGCUUCCCAAAGUGUCACAUGGUGCAGUGUUCUCUGCGGUCUGUGCUAGCUAUCACACUUUGAUUCUCAAUCAGUCUCACUGGGGCUGGAGAUUGAAGUGUCAGAGAGUUGGAGGGAAAACAUGAAUGGAUCCCAAACACACAGUAAUUGCUUUUAAUACCUGUUUCUGUCUCUUGGGAAAGCUGCUUCUGACCUUUUUCCUGCUUAUCUGGGAGUUUUGUUUACAGAUGGGAAGGUUGGCUGUUUUUCCCCAUUAUGAUGAUGCCAACGGUCUUGUAAAUAACAUGACUUGAUAAUAAUAGGGUGGUGUUGGGUAAAGGUUUGAAUGCAUCAGAGGAGAAUUCAGUGCGAGAUUCUGUUUUUAUUGUGAAUCAUCAGAUUAACCUGCUCUGGAAUUUCAUUUUAUAUGAAACUGAAAGUGUCUUAUUACUCCUGGGGGAAUUCUGCAUCACUGCGCAUGCGCAGAAUUCAUGUCUGUCACAGAAUUUUUUUUCCUGCAGAAAAUACAUUCUGCCUGAGAAGCGCUGCAAUUCCGCCUUUUUCCCACCAG